UUCUUCCAACACAUAAGAGGUUUCCCUGUCCUGAGUGCGGGAAAUGUUUUUCACAAAAGUCACAUCUUUACAGACAUCUGAGGUCUGACACGGGGGAAAAAACAUAUUCCAGUUCUGGGUGUGGAAUUUUUUUUUUAAAAAAAUCAAAAGUUGCCACACAUCAAAUGUGUCACACGGGGGAAAAACCAUAUUUCUGCUCUGAUUGUGGGAAAUGUUUUUCAAGGAAAUCUAAUCUCAACAAACACCAAAGGUCUCACACAGGGGAGAAGCCGUAUUCCUGUCCCGAGUGCGGGAAAUGUUUUUCAGAAAAGGCCAAUCUUUACAAACAUCACAAAAUGCACACGGAUGUGCAGUCAUAUUCCUGUCCUGAGUGCGGGAAAUGUUUUUCACAUAAGUCUAGUCUUAUCACACAUCAGAGAUCUCACACGGGGGAGAAGCCGUAUUCCUGUCCCGAGUGCGGGAAAUGUUUUUCAGAAAAGUCCAGUCUUAUCACACAUCAGAGAUCACACACGGGAGACAAACCGUAUUCCUGUUCUGAGUGUGGGAAAUGUUUUUCAGAUCAGUCCAAUUUUUGCAAACAUCAGAGAUCUCACACGGGGGAGAAGCCGUAUUCCUGUGCUGAGUGCGGGAAAUGUUUUUCACAGAAGUCUAAUCUUAACACACAUCAGAGAUUGCACACGAGGGAG